UUUUCCCAUUGCAAUAAUAAUUAAUAAAGCCGAUAAUUUUCUAUUUAUUUACCGAAACACUUGAGGGAAAUGAAUAUUUAUUUAUCUCUUUAUUGGAAAAAUAACUAUUAACUUUUUAUUACAUCGCCAAAAUGAAACAACAGUUUAUAGAACAGGUACAAGUGUUGAUGGCUGUUCAACAGAUUAAAUAUACGGAAGAUUUGUUUGAAAAAUCGAAUUAUAUGUGGCUACGUAGGAAAAAGGAUGAAAUCGUUUGGAUGUCCAAUAAAGAUGAAUUUAAAAUAAGGCAAGCUUUAAAUAAAGUUUCUAUUGUGGAACAAAAUCAAGUAAUAAAACAACUUUUGACUUGGGUAGACGAAAAUCCCUGUAUAAAUCCUGGAAGAAUUCCCGAAAAAACUGUACAAUUUCUGGACCAUGCAAUCGCAAAUAAAAUCAUUACGGAAGCAACUUUUUCGAGAAUAAACAGUUUUAGAAACAGUUUGCGCAAAUUUUCCAUUAGGCAUAACAGAGUGCAACCCAAGGAAAUUUUGGAUGGCGAAAAAAUCGCCAGUCGGGUUACUUUUAAGGAAGAACCAACAAUUUAUCAAAUUUGUGAAUAAAAAACAAAUAUUACAUUGGAUGGCAUUUAUCAAAAACAUUAAAGUGGGUAAACAAAAACCAG